AUGGCCGAUACGUCGCCGGCGUCGACGCCAUCACCGCCGCUGCCACCAGACGAUGCCAUCGACACAGGCUCUCACCUAACCAUAGAGACCAAGGUUAUUCCAAGGGAGCUUAAGCUCGAGAGGCUCAAGACGCCCACUACUCCAAACACUAGGAGAUCAUCUCUUCAGUCACAUACCUCCAUGAACGGGCCGCUCUAUAUGCAGACCAGCAACAAUAAAGUAUUAAUUCGGAGAGUAAAGAGGAAAGGUGAUGGGACCAUCAAGAGCCUGACCCGUUGGCUUUUAGAUAACCAAAUAGGAUUGUCUUUCAACCUCAUAGCUCUGAUCUUCCUCACACAUUUAUUUAUCCCUAAAGCACGCCCUCACACGCUCAAAUUCUUCACCCUAUCCUAUAAGAACCCGCAAUCUGGGAGUUAUGCGAUCGGUGGUGAUGACUAUCAUUUUAUUGCUUUCUGCAUCGUGCUUUUCACUGGGCUCCGGGCUGGCCUUAUGGAACAUGUCUUCGCUCCACUGGCCAAACAUUGGGGCUUGCAAAAAAGGAAAGACAUGACCAGGUUCUCUGAACAGGCCUGGCUACUGGUUUACUACUCUUUCUUCUGGCCCUUGGGCGUGUACUUAUACUACAACUCGCCGUCCUUCAUGAACAUGAGGGAGUUAUGGACUGACUGGCCGAAUCGGGAAGUGACUGGGCUGGUCAAGGCUUACUUCUUGGGACAAUGGGCCUUUUGGCUACAGCAAGUCAUUGUUAUUCACAUCGAAGAACGUCGUAAAGAUCACUGGCAAAUGCUCACUCACCACUUCAUCACCAUCGCGUUAAUGACAGCCUCGUACUACUAUCACCACACCCGAGUUGGUAUACUGAUUCUUGUGCUGAUGGAUAUCGUUGAUAUAUUCCUUCCACUCGCGAAAUGUCUCAAGUACUUAGGCUAUUCGACCUUGUGCGAUAUCAUGUUCGGAAUGUUCAUGUUGUCAUGGUUCGUUGCUCGGCAUGUUUUUUAUAUGAUGGUGUGUUGGAGCAUCUGGAGGGAUGCCAUUCAUGUCAUGCCCAUAGGUUGCUUUUAUGGGUCCAACGACAGUCUAAAAGGGCCACUUCCCAUACCCGACGGAUGGAGUCACUGGCUUGAGCCAUUCCGAAACCCCGAAGGAGCACUCUGCUUCUCUCAGACGGUCGUGUAUGGUUUCUUAUACACUCUACUCGGCCUCCAGGCUAUUACCAUAUUCUGGUUCUUCAUGAUCCUUAGGGUGGCUGUGAGAGUCCUGAGAGGAGGUUCGGCUGAUGACCCCCGUAGCGAUGAUGAGGUAGAGAGUGAAGCGGAGUAUGAAUAUGAAGAGGCCCAGCCACUCGAGGAAGAAGUAGGGGUGGAGUCUAUCGACUUGAAAGGAUGGGAACGUCGAACGGGUGUGAAACGAGCGGCCUCUUCUUCGGGUGUCAGUCUCCCAGGGCACAGUGACAGGAAAGAAUUGCUCGGGCGCAUUGGCUGUGAGAAGCAGGUUGAAUGA